AAAGGAUUUGUAGGUUCUAGUUUAUACAAACUCCCACCAAUCAUGGAUAUUAAACCAACACAUACAAUAUAUGCCAACAAUUUAAAUGAAAAAAUUAAGAAAGAAGAACUAAAGAAGUCUCUGUAUGCCAUCUUUUCUCAGUUCGGUCAAAUCCUUGACAUCGUUGCGAUGAAAACUUUGAAGAUGAGAGGACAAGCUUUUGUUAUCUUCAAGGAAAUUAGCAGUGCAACAAAUGCUUUGCGUUCCAUGCAGGGAUUCCCAUUUUAUGACAAACCGAUGAGAUUAGCUUAUUCGAAAAAAGAUUCCGACGUUAUUGCCAAAAUGAAAGGCACAUACCAAGAGAGAACAAAAGAAAAGAAAAAGAAGAAAAAGGAACCGAAAAAGCCCAAAGCUGUUUCUGCUGCACCAAAAGGACAAGGUGCAGGUGGGCGUGCAGAUGAUGAUGGAAGCAAAAAUCCACCAAAUCAUAUUUUGUUUCUCAAUAACUUACCUCCAGAAACUCAAGAAGAAAUGCUUAAUAUGCUGUUCAACAGAUUCAAUGGUUUCAAGGAAGUGAGACUGGUGCCUGGUCGACAUGACAUUGCAUUUGUUGAGUUUGAAGGUGAGCAGCAAGCAUCAGAGGCAAAAGGUGCUUUACAAGGAUUUAAAAUAUCUCCAAGCAAUGCAAUGAAAGUUACUUUUGCCAAGAAAUAAGUCGCCAGAUGAAUGUACAAUCUUAAAAUCAUUUUAUUAGUUUGCGAUUGACAGUGAAGUGGAAUUUAUACAUGAUUAUCAUCAUUAUGUUUCUCUGGUAUUUGUUUUUAAGCGACUGCACCCAAGGCAUUUGCAUUGCACACUUGGUGUCGCAAUUUUGUUAAAUAAAAGUGAAAUAAAUUCAA